AUGAAUGAUAUCACAAUGGCCAAGGUUAUUAGUCAGUUUGUCUGGAUCAUACGCUCAGCCCUCACUUUAACCGGAGAAUUCCGGGCAGAGAUGACAGUUGGUAAACAUCCGCACGGUUGCGUGAGACGUGUUUGCAUGCAAGGGUUCGUCAACAUCGAUGCGGUGUUCCGAAAAAUUAUCUCUGAGGAAGAGAGAUCUCUGAUCUACCGCUUCCGUGCACGACGACGAAUGACAUUCAUUCAUUUGGGUAAUAAACAAAUUUUGGUGAGGUGGCGUUCCAAUCUUUGUCAUCAUCAUCAUCUUGAUGGACGUUUGGGUGUUGACGACGACGGCUGA